UUUGUGUUUGGCCGUUAGAAACAAUAGAUGUACUUCAAAACGCACGUGUCACACGCUUUCAGUGUGUUUGGGCCUUCAGAGACCGAUUUGCAUACGUUGUAAAUCAUCUCACGUGAUGCUACUCAACCAAUCAAAUCUCUGCAGUCCAGGCCUUGCCCAGCUGGAGAUCCUAUGUAAGCAGCUGUACGAGACGACCGACACCGCCGUCCGACACCAGGCAGAGAAAGCUCUGGUGGAGUUCACCAACAGCCCCGACUGUCUCAGCAAAUGUCAGCUACUGCUGGAGAGAGGCAGUUCGUCAUACUCUCAGCUGCUCGCGGCCACCUGUUUGUCUAAACUGGUAUCUCGAACCAGCAACCCUCUUCCCCUCGAGCAACGCAUCGACAUCCGGAACUAUGUGCUGAAUUAUUUGGCUACGCGGCCAAAGUUAGCAGCAUUCGUCACCCAGGCGUUGAUCCAGCUGUACGCCAGGAUCACCAAACUGGGCUGGUUCGACUGUCAGAAAGAUGAUUACGUCUUCAGAAACGUCAUCGCCGAUGUGACGCGCUUCCUACAGGACAGCGUUGAGCACUGCAUCAUCGGGGUCACCAUCCUGUCCCAACUGACGAAUGAGAUCAAUCAGGCUGACACAACACAUCCUCUGACCAAACAUAGGAAGAUUGCAUCAUCAUUCAGAGAUUCCUCCCUCUUCGACAUUUUCACUCUUUCCUGCAACCUCCUCAAACAGGCUUCGGGGAAGAACUUGAACCUGAACGAUGAAUCUCAGCACGGUCUGCUGAUGCAGCUGCUCAAACUCAGCUACAAUUGCCUCAACUACGACUUUAUAGGAACUUCCACGGACGAGUCGUCGGACGACCUGUGCACCGUACAGAUCCCCACGUCAUGGAGAUCAGCGUUUCUUGAUUCCUCCACCCUGCAGCUCUUUUUCAAUUUAUAUCAUUCCAUCCCUCCGUCCCUUUCCCCGUUGGUGUUGUCAUGUCUAGUUCAGAUCGCCUCUGUCAGGAGGUCUCUCUUCAACAACGCAGAGCGAGCAAAGUUCCUCUCACAUCUGGUGGACGGAGUGAAGAGGAUACUAGCGAACCCUCAGUGUUUGCCGGAUCCUAAUAACUACCACGAGUUCUGUCGUCUGCUGGCGAGGCUGAAGAGUAACUAUCAGCUGGGCGAGCUGGUCAAAGUAGAAAACUACCCUGAAGUCAUCCGCCUCAUAGCCAACUUCACCGUCACCAGUCUGCAGCACUGGGAAUUCGCCCCCAACAGUGUUCACUACCUGCUGAGUCUCUGGCAGCGUCUGGCAGCUUCUGUCCCCUACGUUAAAGCCACCGAGCCUCACCUGCUGGAGACCUACACUCCUGAAGUCACUAAAGCCUACAUCACGUCACGGCUGGAGUCGGUCCACGUCAUCCUCAGAGACGGUUUAGAAGACCCUCUAGAUGACGCCGGACUGGUCCAGCAGCAGUUAGACCAGUUGUCCACCAUCGGGAGGUGCGAGUACGAGAAGACGUGCGCUCUGCUGGUCCAGCUGUUCGACCAGGCGGCUCAGACCUACCAGGAGCUGCUGCAGUCCACCAACUCCAGCGCUGCAGACAUCACUGUGCAGGAGGGUCGGUUGACAUGGCUGGUUUAUAUAAUCGGGGCGGUGAUCGGCGGACGGGUGUCGUUCGCCAGUACAGACGAGCAGGACGCCAUGGACGGAGAGUUAGUCUGCCGGGUGCUCCAGCUGAUGAACCUGACCGACUCUCGGCUGGCGCAGGCCGGCAACGAGAGACUGGAGCUCGCCAUGCUCAGCUUCUUCGAACAGUUCAGAAAGAUCUACAUCGGCGACCAGGUGCAGAAAUCCUCAAAGCUUUAUCGACGACUAUCAGAGGUUCUGGGGUUGAAUGACGAGACGAUGGUACUCAGUGUCUUUAUAGGGAAAAUCAUCACAAACUUGAAGUACUGGGGCCAGUGUGAACCAAUCACCUCCAAGACACUCCAGCUACUCAAUGACCUCUCACUAGGGUACAGCAGCGUGAGGAAGUUGGUGAAGCUCAGCGCCGUUCAGUUCAUGUUGAAUAAUCACACGAGCGAGCACUUCUCCUUCCUGGGAGUGAACAACCAGUCCAACCUGAGCGACAUGAGAUGUCGGACCACCUUCUACACCGCACUGGGACGCCUGCUGAUGGUCGAUCUCGGCGAGGACGAGGACCAGUUUGAACAGUUCAUGUUGCCUCUGACGGCGGCGUUUGAAGCUGUGGCUCAAAUGUUGAGUACAAACACCUUCAAUGAGCAGGAGGCCAAGAGGACUUUGGUGGGUUUGGUGCGAGACCUGCGAGGCAUCGCGUUCGCCUUCAACGCCAAGACGAGCUUCAUGAUGCUGUUCGACUGGAUAUAUCCAGCGUACAUGCCCAUCCUGCAGCGGGCCAUAGAGCUUUGGUACCACGACCCAGCAUGCACCACUCCUGUCCUCAAACUGAUGGCCGAGCUGGUUCACAACAGAUCUCAGCGGCUACAGUUUGACGUGUCGUCACCGAACGGCAUCCUGCUGUUCAGAGAAACCAGCAAGAUGAUCACGACAUACGGGAACCGUAUCCUGACGCUGGGCGAAGUCCCGAAGGACCAGGUGUACGGCGUGAAGCUGAAGGGCGUCAGCGUGUGUUUCGCCAUGUUGAAGGCGGUGCUCAGCGGAAACUACGUCAACUUCGGAGUCUUCCGUCUGUACGGCGACGACGCUCUGGAUAACGCCUUACAGACCUUCAUUAAACUACUGCUGUCCAUCCCUCACAGUGACUUACUAGACUAUCCUAAACUCAGCCAGUCGUUCUACUCUCUGCUGGAGGUGCUGACGCAAGACCACAUGAACUUCAUCGCCAGUCUGGAGCCUCACGUGGUCAUGUACAUCCUGUCUUCAAUAUCAGAAGGGCUCACCGCGCUCGAUACGAUGGUGUGUACAGGCUGCUGCUCCAGUCUGGACCACAUAGUGACCUACCUGUUCAAGCAGCUGUCGCGCUCCACGAAGAAGCGUCCCACUCCGAUGGCGACGGACGAUCGCUUCCUACACAUCAUGCAGCAGCACCCAGAGAUGAUCCAACAGAUGCUGUCGACAGUUUUGAACAUCAUCAUCUUCGAGGACUGUAGGAACCAGUGGUCAAUGUCACGACCUUUGUUAGGCCUCAUCCUCCUCAACGAGAAGUAUUUUGCUGACCUGAGGAACAGCAUCGUCAACAGCCAGCCCCCAGAGAAGCAGCAAGCCAUGCACUUAUGUUUCGAGAACUUGAUGGAGGGAAUCGAGCGAAAUCUACUAACAAAGAAUCGGGACAGGUUUACUCAGAACUUGUCGGUGUUCAGGCGGGAAGUCAACGACAGCAUGAAGAACUCAACAUACGGGGUCAACAGCAACGACAUGAUGAGCUGACAUUCCACACAGCCGAGUCUUAUCCAGCCGCAGACAGAGUUCACCCCUCCCUCACCCCUCCACAGCCCCCCCUCCUCCUCCCCCCGCCCGCCUCCCCCCCUCUGCAUCAGCCUCCCCAACCUCCCCCCCCGGGCCCGGAUGCCUCGGGAUCAUCUCCUCACCCCGACACGACUCGCUGCUGCGUGUGCAGCAGCUUACGGGGUCGUUGAUUAAAUUCAGCGAAUAAAAACACCUCUGCGUCACUUCUACGUUGCACCUGCUCCCCCCUCCUCCUCCCUCCUCCUCCUCCUCCCCCCUCCUCCUCCUUUUUUGAUAUAAGCAUAUAUAAAUAUAUACAGAUCUAUUUUAAAGCCAGUCUGCUUUGGUCUGACGAGCCUCUCGUCUGGCCGUCCUGAGCGUGGAGGGGUGAGGAGGUGAGAGCGAGAGGGAGGGAGGAAGAGCUGUGGAUGAAAACAGGAGGUGAGGGAA